AUGUCCUUGUCGUUGGGGCCGGGGCCGCAGGUUGCGCCCGCGGUACGCGCGAUUCCGCUAAGGCAUCCCCACGCGAUGGUUGGCCUCGUUGAACAGGUCACGUGGCGGUCACUGCCGUUUAUAAUGCGGGUGUCGCUGCUGAUGCCUCCGUCGCCUCGGUGCGCAGCACCCAGGCGUUUUGCUCAGGUACCGGGCGGACAGCGGGGGAGGGCAUCGGUGGGCGGCAGCUGGCGUACGUGCGGGGCCGCGGCGUUGGCGACAGCAGCUGCUGCGGCCACAUGCGGUACCUGCGCGGGACGGCGGCUGAUUACGCGGCGUGGGGGUACCAGGCGUAGUCAUUUGAGCACUUGCUUCCGUUUUUCCGCGUACUGGAGUGGAACUCGCGGGGGAGCUCCGCUGCACACAGCGAGAGGGCGGCCCACUACACGUCACCGACGCCCCGCCGGCGAACGUUAG